UGAAAUAGGGGUAAUGUGCACAACUAUGAAACCAAAAGGGGUCUAAGUGCUAUUUACAAUUAAUUAUAGUUCUGAUUCAAUCGAAAAAUUAGGUAAAACCUCUUCCAUAAAUCUGAUACAACGGCAGCAAAGAAGAAGAAGAAAAUCCGCAACAGAGAAUCGCCAUUCCAGCAGCCCUAGCUCCUCUUCCUCCACCCAUUCGUUGCCGCACGAAUCAUCGAAAACAAGCUGCAAUCAAUUUCCAGUUUCGACUCAAUUUGGUAGAGUAAUUAUGGAUACAAAAGCAUUGGCAAAAUCGAAGAGAGCUCAUUCACUCCAUCAUAGUAAGAAGCAUCAUCCCCACCAAGCAUCGAGACCUGCGUCGUCCACGAAUUCAGGUCCUAAGAAGCCAACUGGCAUUCAAUCUAAAGAGAAACCGCCUCAAUCGGAAGGCUCAAGGCUCCCUUCGAAUUGGGAACGCUACGAUGAAGAUCUUAAUUUGGAUUCGGAAGAAGCCCAAGGAACCUCAAAUCAGUUGAGUGAUUUCGUUGUGCCUAGAAGUAAGGGUGCAGAUUAUGCUCAAUUAAUUUCAGAUGCCAAAGAUCAGUCUCCUGCAAAUUAUUCUCCCGAAGCUUUUCCUUUGUUCCAUGAUGAUAUGUACGGAUUUACUCAAGAUUUUGGUUCAAUGCUUGCUGCCAAGGGACAAAGCAUUUUUUCAUGGAUUGCAGAUGACAAUUUCGAGUUUGAAGAUAAAGGGAGCACCAUUCCCGAGGCACCGUUCCUUUCUCUUGAUAUGAAUGCUCUUGCUGCACAACUUUCAAAAGCAAAGCUGUCGGAGAGGAUUUUUGUAGAGCCGGAUCUAUUACCUAGAGAGCUGUUGGACGAUGAUUUACACGCAUGCGUUGAAGAUAAACACAAUCCUCAAACUUGUACAUCUUCAGCCGAAACAGUUUCCAGAGCCUCAUCCAUCAGUCGUAAUCAAGAAGUCGCUGAGGAUGUCAAACAAUACCACAAACCUGAUGAAAGAUCGAAGAAACCUACGAAGCAAACAAAGUACGAGAUUUCGCAGUCACAGAAAACCAACAGCAUAACCGAAAAAAUAGUAGAUUCGUCGAAGCCAAGUGUAUUUGAAGCAGCAAAUGCUGAGUUGGAACUCGAUAUGCUUCUCGAGUCGCUGAGUGGAUCAUCGGUUGGAAUUCAUCGUCGGGUGAAACGGUGAAAAGAUCAGGAACACAUAUGGUGACUGAUAUUGUUAAUGAUAUCGAUAACCUACUUGAGGAAACCUCUAGUCUUACUCGAAAAAACGGGAACCCAACCUCAAAGUCAAAAGUUGUUGAUGAUUUUGCCUCGUGGUUGGAUACCAUUUAAUUUUCGUAAAGAUUGCGAACAUGCAACUUCGUGUCGUCUGAAAAAGAAAAAAAAAUGGGUUUUUUCGGUGCCCAUUGUAGUUAAUGAUGUUUCUGCAGAGUGCAGAUAUAUAAUGUAUGAAAACCGAAAAAAUUGCUGAUGCAUUCUUUUUCGAAUCUGUUGUUCUAUCGCGCAAAGAGUGAUGGCUUGGUUCGAACAACCAA